AUGACCACCGGCCGCGGCCACCGUGUUUCUCCGGCGGUUGCGGCGGCGCCGCUGGAGGACGACAACGUCCUCAGCGAGGUCCUCGUCCGCCUCUCCCCGGAGUUACCCUCCCUCCCGCUCGCAUCGCUUGUCUGCAAGCCGUGGGGUCGCCUCGCCGCCUCCGCCGCCUUCCGGCGCCGCUGGCGCGACCACCACGGGAGACCCCCGGUCCUAGGCGUCUUCGAUAAGCACCUGACCUCUCUCAAGUUCAUCCCUGCAGUCCGCAGCAUCCCCGCGGAGCGCUUCUCCAUCCAGGUCUGCACCGCGUGGGACACCUGGCGCGUGCUCGGGUGCCGCCAGGGCCGCGUCCUCAUCAUGAACUGGACGCUGCGUGAGUUCCUCAUCUGCGACCCUUUAUCCGGUGACCGCCACCGCAUGUCAUUCCCACCGGAUCUAGUCGACGGCGGGCAAAGCGCCAACGGAGCUCUGCUCUCUGACGAAGAGCAGAGCCCACUGAAGCUGGUCCUGGUAGAUGAGGCCCGCGCCAGAGUUGAGGCCCGCGUCUACUCCACUGCUGAGCCAUGUCAUCUUACCAGUGUCCCCGUCACCGUGCUUGGCAGCCGCCUCUACUGUUGGCUGACAAAGCCUCCGUAUAGCUUUCUAGAGUUAAAUCUGGAAAGCCAGAGCCUAGCUCUGAUUACAAGCCCUCCCCGUGCGAAUAUCAGCACCCGCAACAGCCAGAUCAUCCCAGGGGAGGAUGGCGCUGUUGGCCUCUCCAUAUUGUUGUACCCUACCAUCGAAAUGUGGAACCACAACAUCGAUUCUCACGCUGUUGCGACAUGGGUGCUGCGCAAGACCGUUGUCAUGGACAACUUCGUUGAUCUGACGUCUUCGUGGGCGGCUUGGGACUCACUACUUAUCGGGUAUGCCGAGGAUGCUAAUGCGAUUCUUAUAUCAGUGUUCAAAGGGACGUGCAUCCAUGUCUUUACAGUCCAACUUGAGACAAUGCAAUGCAACAGGCUUCAUGGACACCUUCUCCAAAAUUUCUAUUAUCCAUUCGCCAGUUUCUAUAACGCAGGCCCAUCGGAGCGAUGAAUUCUUGCUCAUGUGAACAAUGAUGGGGGUGCUGGUGGAGCAGAAGCAUAAUGGCUAGUGCGUCAUGGUAAUCCUCAAGCCACCUGGGCCGGGUUUCCCCAACUACUUCAAAUGCAAAUCUUAUUACGGUUCUGGUCUCGUGUUUGUUUAUUAUUGUUGGCUUUUGGACCCUGCUUGGGUGGACUUCUGUAAAACUGUUUGUAUGUGCACUUUGUGUUGUGGGUAUAUGUUUGAACUCAGGCUGGGAGCAGCCUGUUUGGAACAUUUGUGGUGUAUAAUUUAACCUGAGUGAAUGUUGUAUGGGUAAAGUAAUGAUUUUACUGUAUCAUAUCACCUUGCCAUAAGGGUUCACAUGCAUCCUAUAUAGAGAACCGUUGC